AGGUGAUCCAGUAACUAAAAAGCGUAGGCAGAGUGGUGAAAAUGAAAAAGACAAAUAAUGUUUGAGCCACACUGGGGCAGCAGCUUAACAAUGGCACGUUGAGGGGAGUUAAAGAGUAAGGAUAUUGUGCUAUAUUGUUUUUGUCUAUUUUAACAAACACAGGUGGGUGAGAUCAUGGGGCUGUGCUACAGUCUUCGCCCCCGACUAUUUGGAGAUUUAAGUGCUUCUAUUUCAAACGCUACCUCGGAUUCCGAUCAGCCUCCAGAUUCAGCUCCUUCGCGUACUGGGGGACCUCCUCAAGAGGACGCCGGUGGAUACUGCGAGAAUGCACCGCUUCGCACAAGCCAAACACACCCCUGGGACACCGGCAAACAGCUGUGUGGAGACGCUUGCUCUGGAGACUUGAAUACGGGUGGUUCAUUAUUACAGAAUGGAGGUGGUAAGGGAUCGGGAAAGGACCGUAGACGAUUGCAAUUGCUGCAAAAGAAUGCCCCUCUUAAGCAGAAACAUUGGGAUAAGUUGUUGGUGGAGGAGAAGGAGGCCGAGAAGGAGGCUAAGAAAGUCAGCAAGACCAUUGACAAGGCCUUGAAAGAGCUCAAACGGGAAUAUAAACAGACCCACAGGCUUCUACUAUUGGGGGCCGGGGAGUCGGGGAAAAGCACUAUUGUGAAGCAGAUGAAGAUUCUCCAUGUCAAUGGUUUUAACGCAGAAGAAAAGAGACAGAAAAUACAAGACAUAAGGAAAAAUGUUAAGGAUGCAAUUGUGACUAUUGUCUCUGCUAUGAGCACUUUAAUACCACCUGUUCCACUAGCUAAUCCCGAGAACCAGUUUCGGAUUGACUACAUCAAAAGCAUAGCACCACUCUCAGACUUCGAUUAUUCACAGGAGUUCUUUGACCAUGCAAAGAAACUUUGGGACGAUGAAGGAGUUAAAGCAUGUUACGAGAGAUCCAAUGAAUACCAGCUCAUCGACUGUGCACACUACUUUCUGGACAGAAUUGAUGCUGUAAGACAAAGUGACUACACUCCAACAGAUCAAGAUUUGCUACGUUGCAGAGUGUUGACUUCAGGUAUUUUUGAAACACGUUUCCAAGUUGACAAAGUAAACUUUCAUAUGUUUGAUGUGGGUGGUCAGAGAGAUGAAAGGAGAAAAUGGAUCCAGUGCUUUAAUGACGUUACAGCCAUCAUCUUUGUAGUUGCAAGUAGCAGCUAUAACAUGGUCAUAAGGGAAGACAACACAACAAACAGACUACGGGAAGCACUGGAUCUAUUCCGGAGUAUCUGGAAUAACAGAUGGUUACGAACAAUAUCAGUCAUAUUAUUUCUAAACAAACAGGACAUGUUGGCUGAAAAAGUAUUGGCAGGAAAAUCCAAAAUUGAAGACUACUUUCCUGAGUAUGCUCGCUACACCAUACCAAAUGAAGCAAUCCCUGAGCCUGGAGAAAACCCAAGGGUGACAAGAGCUAAGUUUUUCAUCCGUGAUGAGUUCCUGAGAAUCAGCACUGCAAGUGGUGAUGGCAGACACUACUGCUACCCCCAUUUUACCUGCGCCGUGGACACAGAGAACAUCCGCCGGGUCUUUAAUGAUUGCCGAGACAUAAUUCAGAGAAUGCAUCUUCGACAGUACGAGCUGUUGUGAACAGGACCCUGUAUGCUAAAAACAAACAAAGAAAACAAAUAAACAAAAACAGAACAAGAAAGGGCAACUCUAAACUCAAAUCAUGGAUGAGUACUACUGAAGUGUGUGAAACCCUCCUUUUCCUUCUUUUCAGUGCUUUCUGUUGGAAUAGUUGCUUUUCUCCUUAUUUGAAUGCCUUCUUUGUUUCUGCCAUUCCAUGUAGUCGUUGGCUACCUCCUGAUGGUAUUAUUAUUAUUAUUAUUACUAUUAUUAUUAUUAUUAUUGCAAUUCGAUUUCAUUCAAAUUCUGGACUGGCCUGAUCUAGGCUGGUGUCUGGACUGAUAGAUGCAGAUAAAUUGCCAAAUGAUUUGGAGCAUUUGGCAUCUUUCCACUCAGCUGUGACUGCAUUCAGAUAUACUCAAUGAAGUCUAGCUACUCCUCACUGAAAAAUACUUUCAGAUGGUGGAAGUUGCUUAAGUUUCAAACACAAGGAUUGACAGAAAUGAAUGGAAGGAACAUGCACUUUUGCAUCCGAUUUUAAAUUAAAAAAAAAGUUCACACAAAAUGUAGCAUCACAAAUAUUUAUUUACUUGGUCAUAGUUUUGGUGACUUCAGGGGUUAUGGAUAGACUGGUGCACAGAGGGAAUGGACUUUUCCCUUAACCCCUCUGGUCCCCAGACAGCAUCUCAGGGGAACUAGGAGAUGUGACAGUGAAAUGUAGACUGUAAGAGCAUUGGCAGUCAGCCUUCAGCAUCAUUGAAAGGACAAGCCACCACUCUAACUCUGCUCUAUCCACACAGCUACCUGGGGGAGGGUCUGAAAGUGAAGAAGUUAUUGUUUCUUAACUUGUACAUACUGUGCAAGGGAGAUUUAUCUUGUACAGACUGAAAAAUGUAAUAUUGUUUUGUACAACUUUAUUGAAUUAUAAAAAAUCUACUUGUAGAUCUUUGUGCCUUGAUUAUGGCUGUACCUGUAAAAUGAGCUGAGAUGUAAGUAUGUUUUGACUGCGCUGUACAGCUUGAUGUCAACAUUUGUCAGCAGUAGAGGCUGCAGACAUAACUCCUGUAGAGUGUAGGUUUUUUUGUUUUAUUUUAAUGUUUCAUUUUUUAAAGGAAAUGCUGUUUAUAAGAAAUGAAUAAAACGGGGGAAUUAAAAAUGUACACAAUAUGCAAAUGUACCACUUACCUGCAGUGUGGACCAGAUCCAGCACUAUGCCUUUUUUGUUUUAUUCUCCUCCUCCCCUUUUAUAUUUCAGUCUCAGCUUUAAAAGAAAAUCAAGUGAGGUGUCCAAAAUUGCAACCUGGUGUUGUCAUAAUAUGAAGGAUUUUUUUCUUUCUUGUUUGUUAUUUAGAUUAAGGUGUGUGUGUGUGUGUGUGUGUGUGUGUGUGUGUGUGUGUGUGUGUGUGUGUGUGUGUGUGUGUGUGUGUGUGUUUGUGCGUGCGUGCGCGCACUCAUACAUUUGUGUGCACACACACGUGCACCUGUGAUCUUUGCUUAUAUAAGCAGAAAAUAAUGUGUACAUAAAAACUGAUGUUCGCUCAGAAACACAUUGCGUAUGUAUGUUCAAGUGUGAAUCUGAGUGCAUUUGAUGUGCUAUUUAAUAUGUACAUGUACAUUUAUAGAUAUAUAUAAAUAUAUAUGUACAGUUUAUACAUGUUUAAUUAUGUGUGUGCCUAGAUAUACAUACAUGAUGUAUGUAUAUGGGAAAGAUGUAUAAAUACACACAUAGGUAAGCAUGUCUAGAAUGGGAUGAAUAAAUGAGCGUGUGCAAUAUUGAAUACAA